AUAAAAACGUUUCUUUUAUCAUUUUAUUGACUGAGUUUCUUGCAGAGAACAAACAAACAGAGCGAGUAGGAAGUUUGCAGCGAGGCAUGGAAAAGUGCUGCAAUGAACAAGCUGUUCCGCACGAUUUGAAAAUAAUCUGCGUGUCAGUGUCAUCUUUCUUAUGCAAAGCAGCUGUCUUUGAAGGCGGAUCUUUUGGCAGGUUAGACCGGGACGGAGACUCCGACCAGCUCAGACGAGCACAGCCACCAAACGCAUCGAGCGCCUGACCGGGGGAGGAGUGUAAAUCCUGCGUUUCUUGGAAAACACUUUACAUUUUCCCGGAGGAUUUUUCUUUCUAUCUCACUUAUUUAAUUUAGAGUGCUUCGCACAAAGGGCUGGAACUGAUUAUUAUUAUUAUUAUUAUUAUUAUUAUUAUUAUUAUUAUUAUUAUUAUUAUUAUUAUUAUCUUUUUUUUUUUUUUUUUUUUGGGAAGUUGUUGCUCACGGACCGAAGUCGCACUGCAGCAGGCGCGGAGGAGCACCUAAAUGCCGAUAAAGUGUCAGGAAGCGUGGCAGCGGACCGAACCGAAAGGAAACUAAAAAAAAAAAAAAAGAAAAGAAAAAAAAGAGCGCAUGGGGAAAUUUCAUGCACGGUAUCAGAGAGAAGUAACGAGGGGGCUACUUCAGCCGCCAAAGUGAACGUUUUGGGAGAGCAUGGACCUGACAGCGCGCUUGCAGCCAGGAAACACCCAUCGCGGGAUUUCUCUUUUCAUUCAACUCUGCAACUCUGAGCUGAGGAGAGGAUGAUGUUGCAGUGGAUAGUUAAGUAAGUUUCUCUACGCAGCACCUGCUCUGUUUCGGUUCAGACUUCUUUUUUUUUUUAGAGAGAGAAACUUGUGUUUUUCUGGUUGCAUUGAACAGUUGACUGCAUUUUUCUUCAAGCUGAGGAGGGAGAAUGUGUUCAGUUGUGAUCCCAGUGCCUCUGCUGCUGCUGCUGCUGCUGCUGUGGAGUAGGGGCAGCUCCUCCAUCAGCUCUAUAGAUCCUGACUGGUCUGGAGAGGGAAGAUGCCAACACAUCAACAUCCCUAUGUGCAAGGACAUUGGCUACAAUAUGACUCGCAUGCCAAACCUCAUGGGUCAUGAUGAUCAGAAAGAGGCUGCGCUGAAGCUGCAGGAGUUCGCAACGCUCAUCCAGUUCGGAUGCCACAGUCACCUCAAGUUCUUCCUUUGUUCGCUACAUGCUCCCAUGUGCACGGAGCAGGUGUCCAACCCCAUCCCGGCGUGCAGGGUCAUGUGCGAGCAGGUCAAGCUGAAGUGCUCCCCGAUCCUGGAGAGGUUUAAUUUCCCCUGGCCCGACUCUUUGGACUGUUCGCGCCUUCCGACCAAAAAUGACCCAAACAACCUCUGCAUGGAGGCACCCAACAACGGAUCGGACGAGCCCCCCAAAGUGUCCCACACUCAGCCUCCAGAUUUUAGGCCGCAGCAACCUCUGAGUGGGCAGGACCUACACCUUAAGGACAGCGGUAGCAAGCAGACGUGUAAUCCCGGCAAAUUCCACUUUGUGGAAAAAAGCCAGACUUGUGCCCCUAAGUGCUGCCCCAAAGUGGAUGUUUACUGGAGUCAGGGAGACAAGCAGUUCUCCCUGGUGUGGAUGGCCAUCUGGUCCAUCCUCUGUUUUGUCUCCAGUGCCUUUACCGUGCUUACUUUCCUCAUCGACCCGCAGAGGUUCAAGUACCCCGAGAGGCCGAUCAUCUUCCUCUCCAUGUCCUACUGUGUUUACUCCGUGGGCUACCUCAUUCGGCUUUUUGUGGGAGCUGACAGGAUAGCCUGUGACAGAGACAAUGGCGUGCAGUAUAUAAUUCAGGAGGGCCUAGAGAGCACCGGCUGCACCAUAGUGUUCCUCAUCCUGUAUUAUUUUGGCAUGGCCAGUUCCCUCUGGUGGGUUAUCCUGACUCUAACUUGGUUCCUCGCUGCCGGGAAGAAGUGGGGCCACGAGGCCAUCGAGGCCAACAGCAGCUACUUCCACCUGGCGGCGUGGGCCAUCCCGGCCAUAAAGACCAUCAUGAUACUGGUGAUGAGGAAGGUGGCCGGCGACGAACUGACGGGCGUUUGCUACGUGGGCAGCAUGGACGUCAAAGCUCUCACGGGCUUUGUGCUCAUUCCUCUUUCCUGCUACCUCAUCAUCGGCACGUCGUUCCUGCUCUCCGGCUUCGUGGCCCUCUUCCACAUCAGGAAGAUCAUGAAAACCGAGGGGGAGAACACGGAUAAGCUCGAGAAGCUGAUGGUGCGCAUCGGCGUCUUCUCCGUCCUCUACACCGUCCCCGCCACCUGCGUCAUCGCCUGCUACUUCUACGAGAGACUCAACAUGGACUACUGGCGCAUCCUCGCGGAGGAGCAGAAGUGCGUGGACAGGAGCGGGCCGGAGUCGGACGAGUGCAUCAUGAAGGCCUCGAUCCCCGCCGUGGAGAUCUUCAUGGUGAAGGUCUUCAUGCUGCUGGUGGUGGGCAUCACGAGCGGUAUGUGGAUCUGGACCUCGAAGACGCUGCAGUCGUGGCAGAACGUGUUCAGCAAAAAGCUGAAGAAGAGGACGAGGAGGAAGGCAGCCAGCGUCUUCACCAGCAGCAGGCCUUACAUCAAACCUCACCCGUCCCUCAAAGGGCAGAACACCAAGUACGAGCCAACGCGGCAGCCCCCGACAUGCGUGUGAAGCAAGCCCAAACUUUUAAAACCCUAAAAGCAAGACUGAUCCAGAGAGCCAUUAAAACCACAGAGGUUCAUGUUUUAUUUAUGCCUCAAGCAUUGAGAACAUAUAUGUUCUUUGUUUUUUGGGGGGGUUUUUUGGAGGGGGGGGUUGUAUUUUCUGCAGUGUCACCCAACAAGAGCAGCCUUUGUUUGAAAAAAAAAAAUAUCUGCUACUCCUUCGCUCGCUUGUUCUUUUGAGGAACUUGGAAUAACAACAACAAAAAAAAAUAAAUCUUAUUAUUUCCUGGACAAAAA